AUGGAUUCUAGGGAAAAGUGUGCUGCUAAGUGCAGCUCAAAAUCAGCUGUUAAUAUUAAUAAAGAUGGUUUAAUGUGUUUCAUUUGCAAAAAAGCUUAUCAUUUUAAAUGUGCAGCAAUGUCUGAAGAUCUGGGUCUUAAGCUGGUUGAAAUACCUGGUAUGUUUUGGAGUUGUUCUGUAUGUUUACCAUCAAUGGACAAGUUAAUUAAUAUUAAUUUUAAGGAGUUUCAGCAGAAAGUUGAGAAUUCUGAGCAAAUGAUUGCCAGUGCUCUUCAUGAAUCUGCCCCAGUGACGAGGAUCAAUGAAAUAGAGCAAGAAAUUAAAAAAUCAUUGUCAGGGCUGUUCAAGGAUGAGAUAUCCAAGAACGUAUCUGAGGUCACUGAGGAUGGCAUAGGUAUAGCUCAUGAUCUGACCAAAGAUCAAAAGGCACAAGUAAAGAAACUGGUGGAUGAGGCCAAGGAGAAAGAAAAGGUUGAAUCGGGGGAAUACAUAUACAGGGUAAGGGAUAUUCCAAGAAAGAUGCGCAUUGUAAAAUUGUUGGCAAAAAGAGUAUAG